AUGCACCCACCCUCUAACCUCCGCCCGCCCAGCUACCGCGGGACCCUCAAAAAGUACUACUCCAGCGGGCCCCUGGUCAAAGGGGAGGCCGACGAGCCCCUCCGCAUCGGCGGCGGCGUCGGCGUCUCGUCGGCCACCGGGGACCUGCCUUUCCUGACGGCCAGCGCGCGCAAGCGCGUCGCGCUGCUGGAGGGCAACGACACCCUGCUCACAGCCAAGGCGCGGCUGGACCUGCAGCCGGCGACCGGAAAGGUCUCCCGCCGCGCCGGCGUGCGCGUCAGCCGGCGCCUGCUCAACUUCACGCAGCGGCAGGACGUUGAAGUGGCGGCGGGGCUCGACCUGGACUGGCCGGCGCGCGGCCGCGGCAUCGGCGGCGGCGGCGCGAGCGCCGGCCGGACGACUGGGGACGGGAAACCGACAGUGGCGCCGUACCUCUCUGUGCGCGAGAACAACUGGGGGCUGCACCUGCGGCGGGGCCGCUGGAGCCUUACCUACGACCUCUGA